AUGGUUCAUAACGUAUUAUUUGAUCCUCCUUUACCAGAUGGGCAGAGAAUCAAUGUUGGGAAUAAUACAAUAAUUGAAAACAUUUAUAGUAUUUAUAAUCUUGCCGUGUUUAAAAACAUUUUCCGAAUUUAUUUGACAUUCUUAUUGAUUCAAUAUAUUCUAAUAUAUGUUUGUGUUCCAUUAGAUGAUAUUGAAAAUCGACCUCCCAUAGGUAUUAUAUCAACAGCAUAUACACUAAUUAUGUUUGUUAUUAAUGCCCUGGUUUUACCUUUAUGUUCAGGCACUAUACCAACAGUCCUUUCAUUACGAUGUUUAUUUAGUUCAUUUGUGUUGGAGUUUAUUGGAUUAAUAUUGAAUAUCACUGCAGUUAUUCAAAGUGUUAGAGCUGGAGCCAUGUAUGAAAUUGAACGUGAACGUGGGAAAGUAGUAACGAAAACAAGAGUCGAUAAAUAUAUCAUUUUUUUCCAAAUUACAUCAAUGAUAUUUUCAUUACUUUCGACAAUUUGUGUUUUUAUAUUAAUGAUAAUUUGUGAAAAGGCUUUAGAAUAUAUUGGUAAUAAAGUUGAUAGAAGAGUACUUAAACGAAAUAGAAAGAUUCGUAUCGGUUCUGAAUCAAUAGAUGAUUAUCGAUAUAGAUUAGAUAGGUAUUACUCAGUUUGA